UCGUUUAACUUUGCCCUUCGUGUGUUGAUGUCACCAAUAUAUUCCAGCUGAAGAGGUCAAAGGUCAGCUGUUUUUCCAUACAAACUCAAACCAGGGAGAACAUUGAUUAUCAGAGCACAAUCAGACAGCAAGGAUCUGUCCAAAGUUCAGUGCCGUGAAAACGGCAACAGACUGAGAGACACAGCAGAGAAUCGCGACAGGAGAGAGCAUCUGAGGAUUUUAUGUGUUGGUGAACAAACACUGCAGAGACAGAAGAAAACAGAAGGUGUGUAACAGGACGGGUUGCUUCAACUGAGACGUCUGCUGAAGUCCAAGACAGUGCUGACUCUGAGACGAUGGACAUCCUUGAGACACAUGCCUAUGACAGGCGGCAGAGGAGAAACACGUCCUGUGUUCUCUUUUUCUCUCUUUUGCCUUUCUUUUUGUCGACAGCUUUGUAUUUCUACCUGUGGACUCCCGACAUGCCGGCGUCCAUCACCCACGCAGGUGUGAAAUCAGCACCAACACUCCUACUGGCUGCAGCAGUGCUGAGCUGGAACAGAGGUCAGAGUGUCCUGGGUGUGGUGGGAGGACUGCUCUUCUCUGCUGUUGGCGACUGCUGCCUGGUGUGGCCCGAGCUUUUUCUGCAUGGAAUGGGUGCAUUUGCUGUGGCUCAUCUGCUGUACUCACUCGCAUUCGUCUCCAGUCGUUAUGCAGCAUAUUCCUCUUCCUCCGGGUCCCGUUUUCUAUAUCUGAUCGUGUUCCUUGCUGGAGGAGGUUUCUACAUCUACGUACUUCCAUUCCUGCAGAAGGCGCCAAACUCCGACAUACUGAUCCCAGCUGUAGGGGUCUAUGUCUGCUUACUAGCUCUGAUGGGGGCAUUAGCCAUCAGAACCGGCCGUACUGUGACACUUUUGGGAAGUUUAAUCUUUAUGGUGUCUGACCUGUCACUGGCUAUGCAAGUUUUCAAAGUGACAGCGCCAAUGGAGCAUGGUCACACUAUUGUCAUGGUGACAUAUUAUUUAGCACAGCUGCUUAUAGCUGUGGGCGAUGUAAAAGCAGUGGAGAACAACGAUGAUUUUUCAAAAUGGAAGAGGUCCUAAAAUGCAUCCCUGUGGUAUCCCUGAAGUCUGAAGUAAUGCCACCUGCUAUUACUACUAUUACUUCUACUUCUUGUAGGUCCUGGAGUUUUUAAUAUGAAAAUGUAAGUUUUGUCAUGGAGUAAAAUGCAGCUUGCAAGGUCAAUUUAUUUAACGGUUUCUGGU